CCCGUUGCUUUACUUAAUAGAUCUCUUGACUAAAGUAUUAAUCUGUAUAUAGGUGGUAAAAUAGACCAAAAGGAUAAGUAUGGGCGCACACCACUCCACGUGGCUGCUGCAGUAGACUACCCUGAGAUGGUWCAGUUUUUGAUWGAMAGYGGAGCAGACCUGCAUGCACGCACACARGGUGAAUUACAGACACCRAUACACUUUGCAGCUCGUAAUGAUGCAGGGAAUUCUUUGAAGACAUUAAUUAAAUGUGGUGCAGGAAUUGAAGACAGAGAUUUUAAGAACAGGACACCAUUACAGGUAGCUGCUGAGUUAGAYAGGUCAGAGACAGCCAAGCUGUUGAUUGAGAUGGGUGCUGAUGCUGGCGUGCAGGAUGAAAGUGGGAUGACAGCAUUGGUAAUGAUGAUCAGUAAAAUGCCACCAGUGGCCAAACUGGCUCUUGAUCAGUUCUACUCCAGAGACAGAGCUAACAGAAAACAGUUUUUCUACCUAAACUAUCUUGAGCCUACAGUUCCAAAGGUUUUGAUCAGUGGUUGGCCACAGACRGCAAUGGAGGUUGUAAUACUUCACAAACAGUUUGAUCUCAUUAUGCACCCAAUCUUCCAAAGACUAAUCAAAGUCAAAUGGCAACAUUUUGGAAGGAAAGGGGCCUGGGUCCAACUCAUUACAGGACUUGUUUUCGUGACACUUUGGACUGUUUUUGGCGUGACAACGUCAGUAGACGGGUCACACAACUACACGCCCAUCGACGAAAACUGGUGGAGAGUUUUGGUUGGAGCACUGGCGUUUUUACUUUAUUUAAACGAAAUACGGCGAGAAUUAUCGGAGUAUUUYUUCUCUAAGAAGGAACACCGACGGUGGACGCGAUGGCGGGAAUCUGAGCUUAAAAGAGACUUGGCCUACUGCCAUCCACGGUGGCCUGGGGAAAGGCUUUAUUUAAUGCAAGAAAUGGACACAUUAAAAACYCUAGAACCAGCUUACUUUAAAGAUGCGUGGAAUAUAUUUGACUGGAUUACYUAUUUCAUGAUAAUGGCAUCAGUGAUAACRCAUGUCACAUCCGCCCUCACUACUGUCCGGGCAGCGGAUAAAUUACACACGAAUUUAAUGUCUGCCACUGUGAUCUGUUUGUGGAUUCGCCUUUUAAAGACCUGCCGACCGUUCCGYGCUAUUGGUCCAUUCGUUGUUAUGGGAGGGCACCUUAUCUUYGACGUCCUCAAAUUUGGCUUACUUUAUAUCAUUCUUUAUAUCCCGUACACUGCCUCUUUCUGGAUGGUAUUUGCUGGUUAUAAGGUCAGCGGCUACUCCAACAUCUCUGACUUGUUGUACAGUAUGUUUCGUAUGACAGUCGUUGAUGACUAUAACUAUGACAGCUUGUCAGCAAAAGAACCAAUCAUGUCGAAGGUACUCUGCGGUACUUACAUAGCUUUAUCGGCCAUUAUAUGUCUCAAUUUAUUCAUUGCACUUAUGUCAGAYACUUUCCAAAGAGUGUACGAUAAUGUCAAAGCWAACGCUGUYAUGCAGCAGGCAAGUACGAUUCUCAGUCUUGAAAAUGGAUGUUCUUGUUCAACUAGGCGAAAAUUUGCGAAUUUUAUUCACACGCGCUGUGCUCCUGACGAACUGUUUUACGAUGACGACAUAGUAGACGACGAGGAGGGAGACUUGAAACGAAUGACRCAUCAAAUUAAGGAUGGAUUGGACGAGGUGCACGAGAUACUGAAAGUAGAGGAGAAGAGAAAAGGCGGUAGAGUCUACUCGCCUUCAAAUGACGUACAAUCACUAAGAAAAGAAAUGAAUAAACUAGAACAACAGCAAAUUGAACUGAGUAGGAACGUCAACGUGCAGUUUGACGAAAUAAAGCAACAGCUAUCAUUAAUUAUGGAAAAAUUGAAUCGACGAAAGAAGCGCGCGCACCGCACUGAUGAGGUAGACGACACGCACGCUACUGCUGGUCGCUUGAAGCCACUCAGACAUGAGGAGACAAUAUAGGUGCAAAUAUAGUGACUGUUACUAUUAAAUAGUGAUAUAAAUGAAUUUUAUAUUAAAGGUUAUCAUUACAAACUGGAAUCUUGUUUGAAUGAUUGUG